UGUAGUAGGGGAGCGCUGUUCUCCUGUUACACGGGUAAACCGAGGACCCUGGGCAUUAAACAGGCAUCCCACAUUCUGAAGAAAACACUCCUUUUUCCCAAAUCAGUCUAUCCUCAAGGAGAGAAUAACGGAAAGACGACAUAAAAAAUCAUCCAGGUGCCGAGGGUUUUGAACUCCAAAAACUGCUCAGCUACAUGCUAAGUGUCCUUCCCUGACAUCUCUUUGUCACAGUAAGUGUUCGCUCCAGCACAGAUCUCAUCAACAUGGACGAGGGCUACAGAGACCGAACGGCCUUCAUCAAGGGCGCCAAGGACAUUGCCAAAGAAGUGAAGCGGCAUGCAGGGAAGAAAGUGGGCCGUCACGUGGACCGCGUGGCUGACGAGUACACCAAACGCUCGUACACGCGCUUCGAGGAGGACGACGAUGACGAUGAUUACCCCGUGCAGGCCCAAGACGGGAGCUACUACCGCAGCAACAGCCGUGCCAACGACGACGAUGAUGCCGCACACAGUGACUCCACCGAGGGCCACGACGAGGACGAUGAGAUCUACGAGGGGGAGUACCAGGGCAUCCCGAGACAGGACUCAGCAGGCAAGGCGGACGGCCAGGCGGGCGGAGCUGCACAGGUGCAGCAACGCGACAUGGCGCAGUAUGAGGCCGAGAGGCGCAAGGACCAGGAGGAGCUGGCGCAGCAAUACGAGACCAUCCUGCAAGAGUGUGGCCACGGACGCUUCCAGUGGUCGCUUUACUUCGUCCUGGGGCUGGCACUCAUGGCCGACGGCGUGGAAAUCUUCGUCGUGGGCUUCGUGUUGCCCAGCGCUGAGAAGGACAUGUGCCUUUCGGAGCCAAACAAGGGCAUGCUGGGACUCAUUGUCUACCUGGGCAUGAUGGUAGGUGCUUUUGUGUGGGGCGGCCUGGCUGAUCGGAUCGGUCGCAGGCAGACUCUGCUCAUCUCUCUGUCCAUCAACAGCGUCUUUGCUUUCUUCUCCUCAUUUGUCCAAGGAUACAGCUCCUUCCUGUUCUGCCGCCUACUCUCUGGUGUUGGAAUUGGAGGGUCCAUCCCUAUAGUCUUCUCAUACUACUCUGAGUUUUUGGCUCAGGAGAAGCGUGGUGAACAUUUAAGCUGGCUCUGCAUGUUCUGGAUGAUCGGGGGUAUCUAUGCUUCAGCCAUGGCCUGGGCCAUCAUCCCCCAUUACGGCUGGAGUUUCCAGAUGGGCUCAGCCUACCAGUUCCACAGCUGGAGAGUCUUUGUUUUGGUGUGCGCUUUGCCCUCGGUGGCUGCCAUCGCUGCUCUCAACACCAUGCCGGAAAGUCCACGCUUCUACCUGGAGGUCAAACGGAAACACGAUGAAGCCUGGAUGAUCCUGAAACAAGUUCAUGACACCAACAUGAGGGCCAAGGGCUACCCCGAGAGGGUCUUCUCAGUGACCACCAUUAAGACCGUGAAGCAGUUGGAUGAACUGGUGGAUAUGGGAGAUGAUACCACAGCCUGGCACCAGCGCUGGAAGCUCAAGCUUGUUAAUCUGUUUCAUCAGGUUUGGAGCAACUUCUUGACUGUUUUCAAUCCAGAGUACCGCCGUGUCACCUACAUGAUGAUGGCAGUCUGGUUCUCCAUGUCGUUCAGCUACUACGGCCUGACUGUGUGGUUCCCUGACAUGAUCAAAUACCUGCAAAAGCAGGAGUACAACUCACGCACUAAAGUCUUCCUCAAGCAGAAAGUGGAGCACAUGACCUUCAACUUCACCUUGGAGAACCAGAUCCAUCGUGAGGGAGAGUACUUCAACACCAAGUUUUUGAAUCUCAAGAUGAAGUCCAUGGUAUUCGAAGACUCCCUGUUUGAAGAGUGUUACUUUGAGGACAUCACCUCCACCAACACCUUCUUCAAGAACUGCACUUUCAUCGCUACCCUCUUCUACAACACAGAUUUGUUUAAGUACAGGCUGAUCAACAGCCGCCUCCUCAACAGCACCUUCCUGCAUAACAAAGAGGGCUGCCUUCUGGACUUCAGCGAUGAUAACAACGCCUACAUGAUCUACUUUGUCAGUUUUCUGGGCACUCUGGCUGUCCUGCCUGGGAACAUCGUGUCCGCUCUGCUCAUGGACAAAAUCGGACGCCUGAGGAUGCUGGCCGGCUCCAGCGUGAUCUCCUGUGUCAGCUGUUUCUUCCUGUCGUUUGGGAACAGCGAAUCGGCCAUGAUCGCCCUGCUCUGUCUGUUCGGGGGGAUCAGCAUUGCAUCUUGGAAUGCUUUGGAUGUUCUUACGGUAGAACUUUACCCAUCUGAUAAGAGAACUACAGCUUUCGGAUUCCUGAAUGCCCUGUGCAAGCUUGCCGCCGUGCUGGGGAUCAGCAUCUUCCAGUCGUUUGUGGGCAUCACCAAAGCCGUGCCCAUCCUGUUCGCCUCAGGCGCGUUGGCAACCGGCAGCUUCUUGGCCAUGAAGCUCCCGGAGACGAGGGGGCAGGUGCUUCAAUAGUGUGGCCUCCGUGCCAGCAGGUGGCAGCGUCGAAUUAGGGUGAAUCCCCCUGCAGUGUGAUCCCGAUCCCCAAAUCAAUCACACAUUUUGUCAGAUUUGGAUUUAUAGACGGUAAAAAUAUCCCCUUCAUAUUUAAAAAAAAAAAAAAACAACAAACAUCUUAAUCAUCAUCUCAUCCAUUCAUCAGAUCAAAUCAGAUCAGGUUUUACAUAAAACUUUCACAUUUGAUUUGACAUAUCUGUACCAUCAAGCGGCGCAGUCCUGACCCCGAUAAUCAGCAUACUUAGGGAGAACAGAGGUCAUGUGUGUGUGUGUGUGUGUGUGUGUGUGUGUGUGUGUGUGUGUGUGUGUGUAAACAACUGCCAUUUUAAACACAUUCCAGAUUGUUUUAUAGUUCGUGAAUUUGUUAACCAGCCAGUGAAGAGUUUUUUGCCCUUUAAUCUCGGUCCACGGCGUUACGGUGAGGUCAGCACGUGUCGUCAGUCAGUGGGUAGAUCUUUUCUGCACGAACAGUGUUUGCUCAGUGUUUGGUCCUGGUUGUCGUCGGUGUUUGUUGGUUGUCGUCGUUGUUUUUCUUCUGCUCACGAUGUCCUGAGAUUAGUUUUUUUUCACGAGCGACUGUUGAAAUCGCUUGAAAGGUCCAAGUAAAAAUACAUAUAUAUAACUAUCAUAGCUACCUACAGAAAGGAAUCUCUCAGAAAAAAUUGGUUUCACUGGAGGCAUUUGUGUACGAUAAACAUAAUGAAGAGUAGCAAAAUUAACAGUAUGAAAAAAUGUAAGGGCACCCCAUCGACAUCAUCUCCGGUCCAUGACGUGACGACCUACUGUGCAUUCACGUGAUUUGUGUUUCAGCCGUUCAGUAGUUACGACCCAUCGUUCUUUUCCUAGGGUUUUUGGAAAUUCACAAUUUCUCGAUGGAGAAAAAACAAAACAAAACAAAACAAUGUUUCCUAUUUUUCUUUUAUGGGGAAGAAAUGACAGAAAACCUGAGGGGGAAAAAAAACUGAUUUAGCACAAGAUGAUUAGAAAAGACUAUCAAAGCGUAAUAAAAGGUUUAGGUUUAUUUUGAAAACUGAUGUAAAUGCUGUAUUGAAUAUAAAUAUACAGUUACAGUCUGUCUGUCCUGAACACACUAAUAGCUCAUAUUCUAUAUAUAAAUAUUAUAAAUAUAUUUAAGAGGAAAAACAUUUCAGGUUCUGAAACCGGUUCAGUUUCCAGUAAAAUAGUACCAUAAUGUCUUAGAUUGGUUUUACUCGAUGUCUGUAUAUAUAUAUAUAUAUAUAUAUAUAUAUAUAUAUAUAUAUAUAUAUAUAUAUAUUUAUUUAUAUAUAUUUAUCAGUUUGCUAAGGUAAUAUUUUUAAGUAGACAAUAUUCAGACAGAACAAGUCAAUAGAAAUUGAAUCUGCGCAUCAUGGUCACAUCAGUGACGCAACUUUCCAUACGGUUUUUUUUUCCUGUUCUUUCGACCAUUAUAACGGUGAUCAUGAUGAUGCUGUACCUGUAGGUGUAUAUAUAUAUAUAUAUAUAUAUAUAUAUAUAUAUAUAUAUAUAUAUAUAUAUAUAUAUAUAUAUAUAUAUAUAAAUUUAUGUGUGUGUGUACAUGUGUGUGUGAAUGUGCUUGCAUGUGAAAACGUGAAACAAGUGUUCCACAGAUUUGCCUUUAUUUAUUAUUUAUUUAUAAAAGACUUUUUGGUUUUAUAGCAUUUUUUACUUUGGAUGUCUGUAACUUCAGGGGCAGGGUGAACUUUUCUUUUAAUCGUCGUUGACGUCGUCACAACAAAAAAAACCCCCGAAACUAUUAUAGAUUUAGAAGCUUUUAAUACAGAGAGAAUCUACGGAUCGUUUAGCAAAAAUCCAACAAACGAACAAUUAAAUAAAUACAAAAUAAAAUGCUUCGGUUUGCAGGUGACGCUCUUCUUCUUUACUGCCAUUUUGUAGGAUAGCAGCCAUAUUUUAGAUGCACUCAGUAUGAAAAACAUAAACUCUAUAAGAGAACUCUAAGAGGCUCUCCUUCAUUUUCUCAUCAAGCUCAUGCUAAAUUUCACGACGUCAUCGCAAACGAUUUUUGAAGCACAAUCUGAGAACAUCUCCAAUCUGCUCUUGACCAGAUCGCAUUAUAAUCUGCAGUUUCUACUUCCGCUCCUCUCUCUCUCUCUGAGCUUCAUCUACUGUUUCUAGUGCAAAAAGAAACAAACAAAAGCUUUUUUUUGUGGAUGCCAGUAUAAAUCCAGAGAGGAUUCACAUCGUCAUUUGUGACAGUGUUCAUCAGCAAGAACAAGAUGUGAUAGAUAUGAAGCUUGUGGGAGAAAGAAACACUCAGAGCCAGUAGUACUGAACUGUACCUUAUUGCUGCUUUACACUGGGAAUACACUCAUUUGCAAUUUGCAAUUUGUUCUUUAGUCACAAGUAAAGCUUUACAGGUAAACUGCAUGCAUUUAGGUAUUAAAGGUUCUUCAGGGUACCACCUUCAGGGUGCGACACCCUUAUUCCUGCACACUGGAUGCAGCAGGUUCCUCUUGCGGGUUAAUGCGAUGUUUAUAACGUUUAUUUAUUCAUCCACUAAAAUGUUUGAUCCUGGGCAGGGUUCAGGAACGUAUCUGUUUAUUUUUCAGAAACUCGAAUGAAGUUAAAUUCAUUACAAACCAUAUCAGUGCUUAGAUUUACAUUGUAUGGCAUUUGGCAAAUGCACUUAUACAGAGCGAAGCACAAAUUUUUAUUGGCGAGCCAGUCAGGAGCUCAGCAGGUCAGCGAAGGUCAAAAACCUGAACAGGGACCAACCACCUUUUAGGCUGCAGGCAGAAAUAUUGUCCUGCACUUAUAAUCUGAUCAAUGAGCACAAUUAUUAAGUCACUAAAAGAUCAGGGGGAAAAAAACCCCACAAUUUCGCAGACAAAAUAAAGUGCAACGUGGGUGUUUAAGCAGGUCGUGUCCUGAAACUGAAGAUCAUGAGAAUAAAAAUCCAAAACCUAUAUGUGGACUAAUGAAAGAUGUGUGAAAUUUAAGAGUCUAAAAAAAAAAGAAAAGAAAAAAGAACGUGUGAGGUUUGUGUACGAGAAGCACAUCUACAACAUCUCCGUCUGCGCUUUAGUCACUGCCAAGUCGGUGAAGCGAAACUUCUCAGCAUCCACAAAUUCACGGAAACGUUGUUGUACAGCGCGUGUCUUAUUGUUGUUCUCCAUCCUUCUCCACACUAUGAUGUCGAUAGCGCUGUUGUACGCUGUCCAACUGCUGAAUUAAUCGAUCUCAGUGACAUCAUGAUCUAUUUGUAUGUUACAAAAAUAUAUAUAUAAAAGUAAUCAAGGUUUUUGUGAGUUUUGCCCGUUCAGGUUGUUUUGUUUUGUUUGUUUGUUUCAUUUGAACGUCUUUUGUUACAGGGUCUUUUUGUAUUUUUCCGAAGAAGAAAAAAAAGCACUCACUUUGUCGCAGUCGAUCGUGUGUGCAAAAAGAAAUCAAAGCAAUAAGUGACUGAUGUGUUUCUUGGCUCCGCCCGCUUUUCCCAUUUAUUACCCUGUACCUACACUCGAACACGUUUGAUUAUUGGGAUAAUGAAAGCACACUAAAACUGAAAUUUGCGUAGUGAUGAAAACAUAUUGAGAAAAAAAUCGCUGUAUAAAAUCUCGCCUGUACAAGGCAAGUGUCUCUUCUCGUUCUCCAGAUAUACCACAGAACUUUUCUGAUGCUUUUGUCGAAUUCAGAUGUAUCGCCAUGAUUCAAAUGUGAUGGAGUUUAUCACCUUAUCAUUGUACUGUGCUGUAGAGGUUGUAGUUGUUUGUAUGUAAAAGUAUAAAUAUGUGCAACUAUAAUAAAAAAAAUCGUGGUAAAAAAAAAAAAAAAAGACAAAAAAAAAGGUUUAACCUGAGAAAUCGAGUGCUGGUGUACGUCGUUCAUUUCGUGCUUGCGUUGGAUUUUUUUGUACAUGGAAAUGACGUGAUCAUUUAAUAUGGAGACUGUUUUAAUGUGACGCCAAAAUGGUUGUGUAUUUCCGUGUGUGUGUUUGUGUGUGUGUGUGUGUGUGUGUGUGUGUGUGUGUGUGUGUGCGUGGACUUUUUCAGCCAUGCUGGGAAUUUUACUGCAACCACGCAGCCCAAUCACGGCCUGUCGAUGAAAUAAAAACCUACGUAUGAAAAAUAAACCUGUCAUGGAGAUAAAAUGA